AUGUUUCAUUCCAACAAUAUGAAUGAAUAUAUUAAUUGUUAUAUAAAGGACUUAAAUUUUGAUGGGUUAGGAAAUUAUCUUCUCGAAAAUCUGAAUCAUAUUGAAGAAAUAGGUACUUGUAUAUGUUCUCAUAAUCUUACCAUUAUUAUAAACAUAUUAGAAAAAUGUGGAAAGAAAAUUAGAAACGAAAAUCUUUUAGAUCAAUUACUUAACGAAAUUACAAGUGAAGAACAUGUUGAUAGUGUUUUUUUAUAUAUUAAAAAUUAUGUUUACUUUUUAUAUAAAAUAAUAUAUUAUUUUGAUAAAAUUCAAAAUAUAGAGAACAAUAAAAAGUUGUGUGAAAACUUUCUAACAUUCUCAAUAUACCUAAUUAUUUAUUAUGAACAAAAUGAAUUUAUAGAACAAUUACUCUUAAGCUUAAUAUAUAAUUUGGAAAACAAAAAAAAAAAAAAUGGUUAUAAUAAAUAUAUAUUAUUUCAACUUGAAAAAAAUUUCUAUGAUUUAUAUUGUUUUAUUCAUUUACCUGAUUUUAUUUUCAUAAAUUCAUUUUUAAUAUAUUCAUUUGCUUCAAUAAGUAAUAAUCCAAAUGAUAGAACAAAAAAUAAUUUUAAUAAUAUUAUAACAAACUUACAAAAGAUUAAUAUCUUUUUUGAAAAAAUACACUCAAACGUAUAUAAUGAAAAUACUAAUGGUGAUUUAAUUGAUGAUGUAAAUAUCUCAUCACUAAAAAUAAAUAAAGAUAAAAAUAAUUAUGAUAUGAAAUAUAUAAAAAAAACAAAAAUAAUACAUGAUACUAUUUCUAAUCAUAAUAUAAAGCUUAUAUAUAAUGAAAAAAAUUAUUUUUCUCUUUUGUAUAAAUAUAUAAAUUUAUCAUUUGAUACAGACACAUAUUCAAUCGAUGAAAAAGAUUAUGAAGGAAACUAUGAUGUUACAAAUAUUAAUGUAAAUAAUUUCCUCUUACUACUUAAAAUUCUAUCACCAUCUUUUUUCAUAUGGACUGCAACUAAUACAACAUUCAAACAAGAUGAAAAAAAUAAUACGAUAACUCAAAACUCUAAUAACACACAAAUCACAAAACAAAAUUACAAAUAUAAACAUAUGUAUAUUAUAAACAAUACAGAAAAUAUAAAUUAUUUGAAAGAAACUAGUGACUCUUUCUUUUUUUUUUUUUGGUAUCUUCUUUCCUUAAAUCAAACAAGCACAAAAUGGAAUGAAUCUAUUAACACACUUAUGGAUCAUAUUAUAAAUAAUUUUUUUUUUUUUUUUUUUCAAAGCUGUCAUCAAUUUGUUCAUGGUGAAAACGAAAGAAAAAACUUAUCAUAUGAUCCUUUCAUCAAUAAAAAUAAUUUACAAACAUAUUUAUGUAAGGGAAAUCAAAAUGAAUCAAUAGAAAAUCCACAAAAUAAAGAAAAAAAAAAAUUUAUGCAUACAUCAAUACAUUAUAAUAAUACCUUUUGUGAAAUAACCUCCGAACUCCUAUUUCGAAAUAAAAACAAAAUAUUAUUAAAUUUACAAAAUUUAAUUAUUUGGGGAUAUAUUUCGCCAGAUGAUACAGAUGAAAUGAAUUUUUUCAACAUAGCAAAUAUAUUUAUAUUUAAUAGUAAUAAUUGUCAUCUUUUCAAAAGACAUGAAUAUGUACAUCAAUAUAUACAUAAAUUAUUCUCAAAUGAAAAGCAUGUUUUCCUUUUUUAUAAUUACACACUUUUUAAAAAAACAUAUGAAUAUAAAACGUUAAAUUUUAAAUAUAUGGAUAACUUCUCAAAUUAUAUAUCCACUUUUAUUCUCAACAUUAUUUUUAGCCUGACCAAAUAUUAUCUCACGUCUAGCUUUUUUUGUUGUGGUCAGGUAAAAAUAAUGAAUUCAACUAUAAAAGAAAAAAAUUCUGAACAAGCAAUAACACUAGCCAAAAUAAACAAACAAGAAAUAAAAGAAAAAAAAAAAGAGCAAAAUAAAAUAAAUAACAACAAUGAUAUUAAUAAUAUUAGUAAAAAGGAUACUAAUUUACUGAAAAAAGGAGAAUACAAAAAUAUCGAAAUAAAUCAUUUAUCCAAUUUAUUACCAAAAGAAAAUAAUUUAAAUCAACUUAGUAGUAAUAUAAUAAAUUUAUAUUUUCAUUUUAAUAAUUAUACCUAUGAUGAAAGAAUAGAACAUUUAUUUAAUGAAUUACUUUUCAUAUGUUUUAAAUUUAUUAAUUAUCCAUUAAAACAUGUACAGCUAUGUUGUUUAGGUACAAUUCUGGAAAUAAUAACGAAGAUUAAUAUUUAUAAUCAUAUGGAAUAUAUUGAUAAAAAAUCGGAUACAUUCCUUACAUUUUUAUAUGAUGAAUCAUUUGAUAAAAAUGACAUAAUUAAAUGUUAUAUGCACAUAAAAUGUAAAUUGACAAAACAUAUAAAUAUCAAAUUAGUUAAAUCCAUAGAACAUAUAAUACAAAUUUUUAAUUUAAAAUUAUGUAAUAAAACAUUAUGUUCAAUUAUUUGUAAACAUGUUUUAAUAUCCUUUUAUUAUCAUCCUUCACUACUACCUAUAAUUUUAUAUAAGUAUAUUCAAAUUAUUAUGUAUUUAAUGGAAAGUAAUAAUAUUAAUAUAAUUUUAAAUUCCUUAAAAUGUUUACAUAUUUUAUAUAAAAUUAAUCCUCAGGAAAUAAAAACAUUCAACCAUGAUAUAAUAUAUAGAUUACAUUUACUAUUCAACGUAUUUAAUCAAAAUGACAAAAAUAUCCAAAAUCAUGUAUCAUUUAAUUCUAUAAAGCAAUUUGAAUAUUCCAAGGACAAUAAUUACAUAUCAUCUAACAAUAUAACAUCAUAUUUAAAAAAAUUUUAUUUCAAUAAUAUACAAAUAGAAAAGCGAAGAGAAGAAAUGCUGUUACAUAUAAAACUUAUAUUAUAUUCCAUAUAUGUUAUUACUCCUCCGGAUGAAUAUUUAUCAUCACUAAAAAUAUUUGAAUAUUAUCCGAAAGAAUAUGAAGUGUAUUCAAAAAAUUUUGAAAUUUUUUCGAGGUUUUAA